UAGACUAUACCUCGAUCACAUAAUGGCAACCCUUGUACCGCCACCAUCCAAAAAACAAAAGAAAGAAGCACAACAGGUGCGUGAUGUUGACUUGGUCCCGGAAGAUUUGCCCAAUGUUCUCAUCAAGUUUCAAGCAUCGGAUACCGGAGAAUCAGUAGGUGGAUCAAUUAGAGUCCCCGGUGGUAUCAGUGAAAAGCAACUUGAACAACUUUUAAAUCAGCUUAAUGGUGAAACCGAUGAGCCGGUUCCAUAUAGCUUUUCCCUUUUAAAUAAGAAGAGUGAAGAUGAUACUGAUCCCAAGCUUAUUGAUAUUAAUGAUAAUUUAUAUAAUUCUGUUUUAAAACCAGGUAUUAAAACCACCGAAGAUUUCAUGACUUUAGUGUAUACUCCCAGAGCAGUUUUCAAAGUCAAGCCUAUAUCGAGGUCCAAUGCUGCCAUUGCAGGACAUGGGUCCACCAUAUUGUGUUGUCAAUUUGCACCUAAUAACUCUGGAAGAAUGUGCUCAGGUGCCGGAGAUUCCACUGCUCGUAUUUGGGAUUGUAAUACCCAAACUCCACUUGCAACUUUAUCCGGACAUACUAAUUGGGUUCUUGUUGUUUCAUAUUCACCAUGUGGAAGCAUGAUUGCCACCGGUUCUAUGGAUAACACCGUCAGAUUAUGGGAUGCUGAACUGGGUAAGCCUUUGGGAGGGCCAUUGCUUGGGCACGGGAAAUGGAUCUCCAGUUUGACCUGGGAACCAUUGCACUUGGUUAAAAAGGGAGAAACACCCCGUUUGGGUUCCGGUUCUAAAGAUGGAACCGUUAAAAUUUGGGACACUUCAAGAAGAGUCUGUUUACUCACAAUGAGUGGACAUACCAACGCGGUUUCGUGUGUUAAAUGGUCUGGUUCAAAUAUCUUAUAUAGUGGUUCUCAUGAUAAAACCAUCAAAGCAUGGGAUAUAUCUGCCAAUGGUAAAUGUAUACAAACAUUGAAAAGUCAUGCUCAUUGGGUAAACCAUUUAUCUAUUUCCACCGAUUAUGCUAUGCGCAAAGGUGGGUUUAAUUAUGAAUCAACUUUCAAAACACCAAAGGAAUCAACCCCAGAAGAAUUGAAGGCCAACGCUACUCAAGAAUAUGAAAAAGUUGCUAAAUUAGGUGGUAAUAUUAAUGAACGUAUUGUCACUGCUAGUGAUGAUUUCACUAUGUAUUUGUGGGAACCUUUGAAAUCUUCCAAACCGGUUUGCAGAAUGACUGGUCAUCAAAAACUCGUCAACCAUGUUUCUUUCUCGCCUGAUGGCCGUUAUAUAGUAUCAAGCUCUUUUGAUAACUCAAUCAAAAUAUGGGAUGGUUUAAAAGGUACCUUUAUUGGUACUUUGAGAGGUCACGUUGCUCCAGUUUACCAAACUGCUUGGUCUGCUGAUAACAGGCUCUUGGUCAGUUGCUCCAAAGAUACUACAUUGAAAAUUUGGGAUAUCAAAACUAGAAAAUUAAAAGUUGAUCUACCCGGCCAUUCUGACGAAGUUUACGCAGUAGACUGGAGUAUCGAUGGUAAAAAAGUCGCCAGUGGUGGUAAAGACAAAAUGAUCCGAUUAUGGUCUCAUUAAAUGUACAUUAAUUCUUUC